GGUUUGACGGCUUGGUGUGCGCUGCGUUGGAUCCGUCCAUCCCAGCUCGGUUCAUUGCAUCGGGCUGCGCGCUUUUCGCGAGGAUCUAUCGAGUGGGUUUUUGCGCGGCGUUGUAUUAUGGCCUCUGCGACUUGUGCAAGUUUUUAUUUAUAACCGAUUUUUUUCUUUUGAAUAUAUGCGGCUGUGUUUUUUGGUUUCGGAAACAACAAUAACAACGUGCGCCAAAAUUUUUUGUGGGUCAGAUAACGCGUGUGAUCGUGCGAAUAAAUUGUACGAGAACGAAACGAAAAAAAUAAAAAAUAAAUAGGAGCAACAACUAGAUAAAAAAGAAACGGGAUGCUGUGUGUGGAAAAUCAGUGCAACCGACCGGUGUGUGGCAGUUUUAUGUCUGUUCUCGAUUUAGCAAUUUUUGGAAAAUUUUAGAUUAGGUUAAUUCCAUUAAUCCCGAACUGGUUGCGGUUCGUGUGGGGGCGGUUUUCGCAUUGGCUGAGUGGAAUUGGACCAGCAACAUUACGAAUAAGGAGAAUCACGUUUGCUGUCAGCAUUUUAGAUACAUAAAUUUUGUGCAUAGUCGAAGAAGGAAAGUGAAUUUCAAGUCGAUUUAAAUUUAGCUUGGGCUGCGAUAAAUAGGGCAGCGGGCCUCAUGAGAGCGUUGGGAAUAUCAUUAGAGGUGCAGUUUGCUAUGAAAAAGUCGUAAAAGCGAGUACAAAUUAAACAACCUUAACGAUUCUCGGUGGUUAUUGGUGAUAGUUAAAUGAACCAAAGAGAAGCAGAAAAUUGUUAACUUGUUUGUUAGUACAUAAACGGGUUGGUGUAAUUUGACGGUGUUGCAAGAGGAAAUUUACAUUCUGCUGAUCCUGAUCUUCACAGGCUGGAAAAAGUUGAUGAUCCCAGAAUAGACGAAGCACGAGCAAACGUUUGUCCAAUGCCACCGAACGGUGUAAGUGUCAGCGACACCGGAUAGCAGCAGUCCCGUCUGAGCUGAGCGUCUCCCGACGAAAGUAUACUCGAAAAAUGAAUGCAAAUGUACGAAUAGUGCUGUACAUUUUGCGUACGCUGGCAGCACUGCGAUGGCUACCGUACGUGAUGGCCUUCCACAUUCCGGCAUCGACUAAUUCGGGAGUUCAAACACUGGGGAGCCUACUGGCGGUACCUGCGCUUCCAGUACACCAUCAAACGUCGAGUGUACGCCCUUCUCAUCCAUCACAAUUUCUCAUUCCACCCAGCGCAAACAACUCGUUAGCCACAGACAGAAUAGAUCGCCGGUAUUAUAAAGCGCGUAAGGUCAUCCACAAAUAUCCUCCCCGCCAUGGCUACCCGAGCAGAAGACGGCAUCCAAAAUAUCCCACCUUACAUCCCAAGUUCUACAGUGCGUUCACCGACUGGAGUCCUUGUGACGUGUUUUGCAAGCAACGCCGGGAACGGUACUGCAUAGUGCGCUCUAAAUGUGGCUUGCACGUUCAUUCAGAGGAACACUUGUGCCAUCCCAGUUUGUGCUCUCCACUGCGGAUUCCUUUGGCCUACACCAACUACGAGCAUGUUCCACUGCAUAAAUACUCACUGUUAGGUCUAGAUUCCCUCAGACCUAAAAAGAAGAAAGGAAUAAUUGUAUCCGAAGAGGAUGACGAUGACGACGAGUGGGAUGAUGACGAUGACACGGAGUAUGUGAUCAUAAAGAAGAAAAAGAAGCAAAAACGAAAACGUACUCACAUCAUUUACCAACGCCGAGAAGAAAAUAACGCCGUCAAUCAUCGUCCCUACUACGGAGGAGCAGAACCGGAAGACUAUGAUCGUUCAACCGAUCACAGGGUCCAUAAUCAGCCGAAACCAUUGAAAGUAGUUCUGGACGAUUUCGAUGACACGAAAAUUUUCAGUCCAAGUCCACACUAUAACCAACCACAUAGUACGGUGCAGAAGUUCCAUCAACAGCCUCCUACGACGACCUACAGCAAAGGAAAACCCAGCAGAUUAAUGGAUUAUUUCGAAGAUUACUACGAUAAUCGGUACCGAGAUGGAACGGGAUUCGUUAAACGCAGGAACAACUUGUACGAUUUAGACGGGUUCUACCCUAUUAGCGAACGCUUAGUAGCCGGUAGCGCCGAGAAUCCUGAUACUCGAAAUGAAACUUCAACGGCGAAUUUCGACCAACUAAUGGAGUCCUUCCCAACUGAGGAUCCACUGAUGGUGCGUAAUACCCGUCACGCAAAACGAGAAGUAAGUAACGAUCUGGAUGAUUUCGACGAUGACUUGUCAGCGGACUCAUCCGAAGAAUACUUUGGCACUAAUAAUACACUGGUGGAGACGGAUUCUGAAGGUAAAAAGUUCCCUGGACGAAAUUUACUGAAACUAGGAAUGGCUGCACAGAAGAAAGCACGUGAGAAAGCCGUUUUUGAAAUGCCACGAAAGGUAGACAAUCCUUACUCCAAGUGGAGUCGAUGGUCUAAAUGUACGGCCAAAUGCACAACCCGGAGAUUCAAACGAUGUAAAGUCCCAGUCGUUUGCGGAAACGAUGUAAUUCGGGAGGUGGCCUAUUGCUAUACCGAGGGUAGCUUCUGUGAAGAAUGGAUUGGCAAUCAGCUGUAUCAAAACAACAAAAACCCACCGUUACCCACGCUAUCUACGACAACCACAACCACGACAACAACCACAACAACACCGAGAACUACGAGACCUUCACGAAAUCAACUGUUGCCACAGCAUCACCAAACCGCUCGCAGUCGCAGCGAUGUACAGGACAACUCGAUAGCUCAACAGUCCUUCGGCAGCCGUAGAGGCCUGCUGCAGCCGGAAUACAUGCCGCAGGAGAUGACCUGUGGACUUCCGAUGGUUCGAAGCAAACCGAAAAAGUAUUUGUACAAUAUGCUGAGGAUUAUUGGCGGAAAAGCUUCACGGCGGGGGCAGUGGCCCUGGCAGGUGGCCAUUCUAAAUAGGUUCAAGGAAGCAUUUUGUGGUGGAACGCUGGUUGCUCCUCGUUGGAUCCUAACGGCAGCUCAUUGCGUCCGGAAGCGUCUCUAUGUGCGUCUUGGCGAACACAAUUUGCAACAAUCCGAUGGUACCGAGAUGGAAUUUCGCGUUGACUUUAGCAUCAAACACCCACGGUACGAUAAGAAAACGGUUGAUAAUGAUGUAGCUCUUCUGCGGCUGCCUCGGGAUAUUGAACGCUCCAACUUCGUGGGGUACGCGUGUCUACCAGAACGCUACCAAUCGCUUCCGAUUGGACACACCUGCACCAUUAUCGGUUGGGGCAAGAAAAGACACAGUGACGAUGCUGGAACGGACGUCCUGCACGAAGCAGAAGUACCUAUAAUCACCAACGACAAGUGUCGGGCGGUGUACCACGACUACACCAUCACAAAGAACAUGUUUUGCGCCGGUCACAAACGUGGUCGGAUAGAUACCUGUGCCGGUGAUUCCGGCGGACCGUUGCUCUGUCGAGACACCACGAAGGUAAACAGCCCGUGGACGAUUUUCGGCAUUACCAGUUUCGGCGAUGGGUGUGGCAAAAAGAAUAAGUUCGGUAUCUAUACCAAGCUGCCGAACUACGUGGACUGGGUUUGGUCAGUGAUAAAUUGCGACGGAAACUGUCGGACAUGAGUGCGAAACCGGAUGACGAUGGGGAACCGUUGCGGUGGUUCAGUUGACGGCGCGUGUGGAACUGGCAAAAUGGCGAUUUCAAUCGAACAAUUGUAUAAAUAAGGUGCUUCUGCAAAAAAAUCUUCCAAUCGCGUAUUUAUUGAGCUUUUACAGGUUAAGUUGUGGAGACGCACAAAGCUUAAAGUUGAAUGUAGGUAUUUAUUUCUAAUUACUGUGUAUAGUAUUUUUACGAGCA